UCGGAUCAAGAAUUAAAAAAAAAGAUACCAAAGCCUACUCCACCUAUAAAUCCUGGGUUAUUUUUUUAGAGCAGACAGCUGUGAAUUUUCAAAAGCGGCUACAAAGAAAAGCAAUGAUCAACAAAAACAAGGAAAUACGCGCAGCUUCCAUCCUGCAGCUCUCUCUAGUUUCAAAUAAACUAGUUUAAAAUGAGCUCUUAUGUUGACAGCUGCCAUCUCCGGCAAACAAGCGAGACAACUUCUUCUAACAGUAUGUUUAGUUUCGAUGUAUCUGGGCGCAGGUCCAGCCACUAUGAGGGUGUUAAUGUGAGCGGGAUAUUCACUUGUCCCGUCCCCACGACCUCUGCUGAACGGGAGGAGAUGAAAACUAGCCUGCGUGGCAGUGCGGAUACUCCUCUCCCGGCUGGACCACAGAUAACCAUGGUCUCCAGCAGCUCAUCCGGGGAAGACGCAGGCGGGCUCAGCUACGGCAGCAGCACUCUGCUGGGACUAGGGGCGGACCGAGACCCGGAGACGAGCGCGAAACCCGGCAGCAACAACAGCGAGGAGAGCGAGAAAUACGCGGAGAAGACGCAGGCGGUGAAAAGAACCUCAAAAAUGAGCCAGCGGCAGGACAGUGAGCAGCGACCACAGAUUUAUCCAUGGAUGACAAAGCUGCAUAUGAGCCACGAAUCGGAGGGCAAGCGCUCCAGGACCAGCUACACCCGCUACCAGACUCUGGAGCUGGAGAAAGAGUUUCACUUCAACCGCUACCUGAGCCGCCGCAGGCGCGUGGAGAUCGCACACACCCUGUGUCUGAACGAGAGGCAGAUCAAGAUCUGGUUCCAGAACAGACGGAUGAAGUGGAAGAAGGACUCCAAGAUCAAAGUGAAGGAAUAAAACAGAAAAAAAAAGUGCAGCAGUGAGCACACAUUGUCAGCCCCACCGUGCUGCACCACACAGUGCUGGAGUGGCGCGUGACCUCUGGAUGAACUGCGAGGAGCAAUGACAUCAUGACACCGCGCUGUGUGCUUCAUCACCAAUUAUGUGUCACUUGCUGCAGUUUGGGACCUAAUGUAUUGAAUAUCACUCACUUUGAUCAAUCGGUUUACAUUUCUAAAUUAAUUUGCUGCCCAUGCGAUGAUAAGCUCACUUUGCUGCACGAAGGGGACACAAGGCUGAGGGGGAGUUGCUGGGUCCUUCUAGCUGCAAGGCUCAAUGCUCUGCAGUGCACUGAGAGGCUGCACAAUUAUACUUACACUCUGUCUCCUGAUUAAGGUAAAAGUAGAGCAGGGUGGGUAAUAGACGAUCUUUUUUUUUUUUUUUUAUCAAACGAGGAAACAUUAAGGUCAAGCAUUCAAAUAAAGCGAGACACAUUUGUGACUGCUUUGGAAAUAAUAUUAUUAAAUAGUUUCCCAGCAGUAUGAACUACUUCCUUUUCUUGUUUUUUUUAAUAUGUUGCAGUGAAAACUAUACCUUAGGAUGUGUGAUGUGUUCAGUGAGCUAAUAUUUGUGAGUGGAUUUCUGUCCAUGUUGUCUGUCCUUUCCCUGUGAAUCUAAAUCAUAGUGUGUAAUUCAGCGACUGUGUGUGGUAAUAUUGUGAUGUGCAAUGAAGCCAUUUCUGUACACUCUGUAAACUUUAUGUGCCUGGUUUAAAACAGGGCCAAGAAAAACUGGUAGAUGGCUUAAGUUUGGAUUGUAACCAAUAAAAUCUCAUCAAUUAA